GCGUGGUGGUUGCCAGACUGGCCGGUGCGCAGGCAAAGUUGCGGCAGGGAGUCAUGCGACCGGCUGAAACGGCAUUUUAUCACGUUAAAGCGCGACAAUCACAUUGACAGUGUUACGCGGUGAUUUGAAUUGAAUUACUUCAGGAGGAUGCGAAGAUCAAGAAUCAGUAUUAAGCCCAAUGUCAGGCCAGGAGGUCGAAGUGUGGGAACCACAGCAGAGGACAAGAGCUCCCAAGGGUCCACAGCUGUUGGUGACACCCAGCAAAAGCUGCCGUCUGCUUCACAGUCUCAACUGGAAGUCAAAGAGUCUGCUGUGGCGACAGGAGAUGGAAAUGUGCCCCACUCUCCAUUAGAGAAAGCAUCACUGAACAUUAAUGAUGGAGCGCCAUCUAGUGUGAGCACACCUGCAACUACAGUCAUUCAGAGGAGGGGAAGAAUCUCUGCCACACCAAACCUGGCCAGACCCAAAGCCCGUUCUGCUCCUUCAUCCACUGGAAAUACUGUUUCUCUUCCAUCAGAGCCAUCCAAUGGAUCAUCCCCUUUCCAGGCUGCCAAGCCCCGCAUCCCAGUUGCUAUCAGCAGAGAUGAUUCACAAAACAAUACAUUCUCAGAUGCCACUACAGCAGCUAACUGCCCUCCAUCCUCACCAUGUCUUCCAUCCACAUCUGGCUGCCCAGCAUCUGUAUCAACAACUCAGUCACAACAAGAGCCUUGCCGGACUCCCCAAAAAAUCCCAAGUGAGGAUUUCGUGCCUCAAGAAGGAGCCACUCCGGUUUCAUGCACACACUCACCGUAUGUGAAACUGUCUCGCGUUGAUGGACCAGACUCUCCUCUCAGGAACAAAUUCUUUUCAGACAAGCAGCAGGUCUUGAGGGCCCUCAAACUUAAAGAACUGAUGAAGCUGGAGAGGAAGAAAGUAAGAAUGGAGACGAAGAGCAGACGGCAUAAACGUGAGCAUUGCAAUGAGCCAGAUCGGGACAAAAUGACCUUGGGUGACUUCAUUUAUUACCUGCCGGAGUCAAACCCUAUGAAGUCCUCCCUUUCCACAGAAGAGGCUCAAUCAGAGACAACUGCUCCACCGACUCCCACGGUGCAGAAAACUGUGGCAGAAGCGGAUGACGAGGAAGAUGAUGCCGAUGAGGAUAUGCUUGUUCCCAAAGUCAAGGUGGCAGAAGAUGGCUCAUUGAUUUUAGAUGAAGAAAGUUUGACAGUGCAUGUUCAGAGGACAUCUGAUACAGUGAUCGAGAGUGCAAAUCCACUGUUUGAGCGAGGCUCUACUACAACAUACACAAGUUUCAGGAAAAAAUACUACGUGAAAAGCUGGUCUGUCAGAGAGACGGAUAUGUUCUUUUUGGCCAUCAGUAUGGUGGGAACAGACUUCUCCAUGAUGGCUCAGCUGUUGACUCACCGUAGCAGAGCAGAAAUUAAGAAUAAAUUUAGAAGGGAGGAGAGAAUAAAUUCGUGGAGAGUGGAUAAAGCAUUCAGAAAUAAGCGCCCAUAUGACAGUGAGCUUUUCAGUUUCCUGCUGAAAAGGGUCUUGCUUAAAGACAAACAAAAGGGCAGAUCCAUAAAAUUGGUUGUGAAAACCAGUAAAGCAAAGAAAAGCAAAGGUGGUGCAAAAUCCAAGCAGCUUGAGGUCAAAGACUCCAUUAAUGAUAAUGAAGAUGAUGAAUUGUGCAGUAUGGAUUUAGAAAAGGAGAAUGAGGACAGCAGUAAUAUGAAUGAAACGGAUGUGCCGUCAAGUACAAGCAAGAAGCGCAAACGCUCAAAAUACAAUGAGCCAAAAGUGUCGUCAUGUGAGAAAGCAUGCAAGCAAAGGAAAAAAAACAAGACCCUGAAAAAAGGCAAACGCUUAAUGGGAGCUGAAGAUGGUAACCUUGUGUGUGCGGGCAGUGACUUGUUGGAUGCAGACAGUGAAGAUCAGUCACGUAUGACUGUGUCAAAAAAGAAAUGCAAACAGUCAAAAAAAGAACUGAUCGAAGAAUCUACUGAUGGAGAAACUGAUGAACUUAAUGAGGCAUCUGCCAUCAAAACGAAAAAACGGAAACGCUCUAAAAAGUGCAAGAAGGAAGAAAAGGAAGUUGCCAAAUGUAAACGGAAGACUAAGAUCAAACCGUCACAGGAAGGGAGUACUGGAUCUGAGCUGGGUGCUGAUUGUAGUGAUGUCUCGUUAACAGAUCAUAGCGCUGAAGAUGAUCAAGGGGAGAAGCUCUAUCCAGAGAGAGCGACUGAGGAGAUUUCACAAAGCUCAUCCAAACAUUCAAAAAGGCCCAAUUUGGCAAAAAGAAAAGCCAAAAAAUGUUCUGAACCAGAAGCAACAAUAGAGAUUGAGGAUACAGCAGAAGAACGUCAAGAUAAGUGCUGCAUCAAAGCAGAGAAUGAGUUGAGGAUCAUCCGUCUUGCAGAGAAACAGCUCCAGAGUCAGCCGGUAGUUGUUCUGGAAAGAACUCCUCCAAGGCUAAAAGAUUCACACAGCUCAUCUGAAAACCAAGAGCAACCACCGUCCUCCCAGAGCCUACAGCGUUCUCCUGGGCGGCAGAUGAGAGCUGAAAAGGUCAAGCGCAAUCUGACUGCUUCCAGUGAUGGUAAUGAAGUCUCGACAGCAGGCCCUGGUAUUAAAGAUCAAGGAUUGAAGCUCAUUCCUGAGAGCUCAACUAAGGAGAUUUUGCAAAGCUCCUCCAAACAUUCUCCUGAGCAGCAGUCAAGAGCAGAAAAGGUCCAGCACAAUCAGACUGCCUCAGAAGGGGAUCAGAUAGACCAGUGUCAUACUGGCUUACAUCCAUCACCAGAGGACAUGAGCAGCACUGCCAUAAUGAAUCAGUUGGGCAUCCAGGACUCUAAAGAGAUGGAGGCUGAUCAAUACGUGGAGGAGGAUUUAAAUGUAAAUAAUUUAGAGUUUUUAACUCCAUCUGAAGUAAAUGGUCAGACAUUGAAAAGACCAGUUGUGUUGGUGUCUCGCGACGAAGUAAAGCACUACGUCAAGAGUCAAGCACAAACCACUGCAGAAGAAUCAACGACCUCUGAGAGUCCACAGGACACGGCACCUGCCAGAGGCCAUCAUGGAGAUAACAGGGAUGAUCUUGAUGAACAUGGCUCCUCUAGUGGUGUUCUAGAAGAGAGUGUCUCUCAAGAUCAAGAUGUGAAGGAAACCAAGAACCAACUAAACAUUGAUGAAAAAAAGAGGUUUUCCAAGCCUCAACCCCACCUCAGCCUAGCAGCACAGUCCAUCUGCAGACCUCUGAAUGAAAAUACCUCGUCUUUCAAACAUGACUCAGUGCAGCUGCAAUGUAGAAGUCCUGUGGAAGUCCAAGCGAAGAUUGCUUUAAGUGAGUGCCUUGUUGAAGAACAUAGGGACCAUCCUGAGGAAGAGCUUACAUGUAGUGUUACUCCAGAAGUGAGCAGCCCUCAGGAUUUGAAGGAUGAUGAAGCACAAACCUCAGAAGAUGAUGUUCCUUACUUAACAUCAAUUGUGAGUAGGACAGAGGACCAGGAGACCGUUCUCUGCCUUGAGAAGCCUUUGGUUCCUGACACCACAUCGUCAGACAAAGAGAAUGAGAAUGAAGAUAAAAUGACUGAUCAGGAGGAACAGGAUUCAGAGGUUUUUGAAUCUGAAGUCACAGACACCGUGAUUGAGGAACCUCAGACAGAGCUGAAGAGGAUUAUUCCAGUCAGCUGUUCUGCUGAUGGUUCCUCAGUUUAUGCUCAAGACCGUAGUGUUCCAGAGAGACUCAGUCAGUUUAAGAAAACACCCAUCAACCUGAAAGGGGCAUCCCUGGUCAUGAUUAACUCUCAACAGACAUCAAAGACCAACGAAGAUCUUGCUGAGAAGUCUCACCAUAAGAGUCCUGUUAAAGCCAAGAAUAGUGAUUUGGAUCAUGACAAUGAGAAGAUCUCCAGAGAAGAUAAGCUUCUGUCAUCUGAAGAAAAUUUGCAGGAAUAUAAACAGAAUGAGAAUCUCCUGUCCUCUGUCCCAUUACAUGAUUUAAAACAGACUUUAGCUCCAGAAGUUCUUGUUGACAGCACUGGUAAAGGAAACAAAGAACAAAAUGACCAAGUUCUCAGUGACGCUUCAUCUAAGCACAGCCCGGUUUCAUCUUUUUCUGAUGAUCCAAACAAAUCUGCAAGCACCCUGUGUGAUGUGGACAUUGAGUUUAGUGAGCCUGCAGCUGAAGACGUUCAAAUACCAGAUGAGCAGGAUUUAAAAAAUCAAGACGACACAGAGGAGCCAUCAGAAGCUUUUGAGGAAUGCAGUGCCUCUCUUAAUGAAAAUGCAAAAUCUGAAAUUUCAGAUUCAGCUGGAAUGGAUACAGCUGUGACUGGUAAACAUUCUGAGGGGGAGCCUACAUUUAUUUUAACUCUGUAUGAGAUUCCAUCCUCUCAGCUGUACCAUGAGGCUACCUUUGGGCGGCAGGACACUGCCCCUUAUGAACUGCAGCCAGCGCAAGUCCAGACACCCUUGCUGUUCUCAAGCAGUGCACGUUCUCAUUCCUUCACAUUAGAAACUUCCAGUGCGUCUCUGAACAUGGCAUCUGAAGAGACCAGUAAUCUAUGUAAAAGUAGUUCUUGCAAGGUGGAGGAUGACUCCCUGGAUCCUCUUUCAAAGGAAGCAGCAGAUGAUGCCAGUACACAAUUGAUAUGCUCACAGGAAAGCAGUCGUGAUGAUGUGAACUCUUUAAUUAGUUCACCCGGGAUGUUCUCCUGUAAUUCUGCCACGCCAACACAUGUCCUGAAGUUGGAUGAGAUGCUGACAGAAUCCUCAGAAACAAAAGCACCUACUCACAGGAGAUGCAAGGUAAAGGUCAAGCCAAAACUAAAGCCAUAUGUGAAAGCUGGGCCUUCAAAAAAUGGGCAGUUUGAUGUAGCACCCAGUCUAUCAAAAUUUCAAGCCACGGCACAAACUGAGGUAGAGUCCAGCCAGAAAAUAUCUGCACAGGAAGCAGUUGAUCCUGAAAGCCACUCAAACCUUGAAAGCAGUGAGAGGGGGGCCUGUCCUGGACCUGAUAGCGUGAUAUCAACAGCCAUUGUGCCAGUGCCUGAACAUGAGAGUCACCUGAAGUGUGAACAUCCUCUCAGGAAAGAACUCCAGAGGAACGAGGACUAUGUUGUUGACUCUCCAGUGCACAGUACAUUCAUAAAGGAGUCUGAGGGGAUCAACAGAGCUGAAUGUCAGAGUAUUUCACACACAAUGCUGGCUGAUGCCUUUGUGCUCCCAUCAGGAGAAAUGAAGGAUGUGUUUAAUAAGGAACAGGAAGACCCUCAUGAUAGUGAUCUCCUAAUACCCGAUGGCUUAGCUGUUUGUCUUACUGAAAGCGAGAAAGCUCUUCCUCCAGUUAUAGACCAAGAGGAAAAAGUGGAACAUAUUUCUAAAAGGCCUGAUACGUGCAGAGAGGCAUCAUGUGUGUCAUCAUUAUCAGCAUCUCAAGAGAGGACUAUGUCUAUAGAACCUCUGAUUAAAGAAGAAUUCAUUAAAGAAGAACAGGAAACAGAACAAGAAGAUUUCUCUGAUAUUCCAAAGGAGGAAUUAGACAAAGAGCAUGCUGGGAUUGCUUCACCCUCACAAUGUCAACAGCUUAUACCAUUCAGCACUGUAAAACCAACAGCUUGCACUGAAUUGCAUCCAGUGGAACCGAAAAUAGAGGAUGCGUCACACGUAGUAUUGCCUGAGAUAUCGGUGCCGGUUUCUGCUGAAAAGGAAAAUAGUGAUCAUAUGGCACGUGGAAGUUCUGUCCAAAGCAGUCUCCAAAUGGGUGAAGAGAACCAGCAGGUUGUCACUGCAGAAGCAGACCAGGAGAUGCAUUCACACGAGGGUGUUUCACACAUGCUGCUGACUGAUAUGUUGAUCCCUGUCUGUGAGAAAAUGGAGGAGGAUUUAAACAAGGAACGGACAACAGCCAGAGGGAAAAGCCCUCAUGGGAAAGAUCGAUCUCAGGUGAGAGAGGACCCAGAUACCGUAGACCUGUUCUGUCAAGCUUCACAGUCAUCAGAUGUGGGACAGUUGGCAUCACCCAAAAGGAAUAGACCCACUCGGGGGAAAGGCGAGCUAUUGGUAAAGAUGGCGUUUCCCAAAAGAAAGACUGGAGAUUCCCCUAAGAGUGGCGAGCAAUCACAAACCAUUCCUCUGUCAGAGUCAACACAAUGUAAUGCUGAGACAUGUGCUGACUUGCUGCCCACUGAGGAGCGAGAGGAAGCAUCUGAGGGAGGUUCACACAACGUGCCGUCUGAUAUUUUGGUGCCCGUUUUGGAUGAGACCUCUGAAUGUAGCCUUCACAAAGAGGCCUUAUCAGCUGGUCUUCAAGAAGAUGCAAUAAAAGUUGAGACGUCAACCGAUAUUGACAGUCCUACAGAUACUGAAACCGAAGAUAACACUUCUGUGGCAGUGGAAUGUAAACCGCCUUGUUGUAGGAGAGGCACAGUGCAUCCAGUGCCUGAAUUAUCAAAAAGAAAAGAUGGUCCUUCAGAAGAUGACCUCUGUCAGCCCAGCUCCACACGGACCUCUUUAGCUACACCUCAGCAGUCCCUGGACCCUCAAACAGUAGAAUGGUCUCUCAAAAGCGAUAUGCUGCCCGUGGACUCAGAUGAGAUGGAGAACUGGUGUGAAGGAGUUUCUCACAUGUUGCUGUCGGAUACAUUGGUGCCUGUUUCUGAAGAGACUGGAGAGAACAGCACAGACCUAAAAGUGUUUGUCUUAAGCAGUCCCCAUAAAGACAAGCAAAUCACGCUCAGUCUGACGAAGAGUGAGGAGACACCAUCUGAAACUUCAAGUGAUGUACACCAGUUAGACAGUACUUCUGACAUGACAAAGACUAAUGAGAGUCUGCCAGCAUCACAAACAAAAAAAUCACCAGCAAGAAGUACAUUUCAGAUGACACUAAGGUCACCUGAAAGAUGCCUUAAAUAUCAGCCUCAUGUGCUGAAGUCAAUCCAAGCGGCCCCGACCACACCUCAGCGGACAUCGAAAGCAAAAGAACCCGUGCAAACUCCAACAAGACUACAAACAGGAGAGAUCUCAAGCGCAUGCUGGGUGCAGCUAGAAAGGUUAUCUGUAGGGGAAGUCUGCAGCGCUCAAAGUGUCCUGCAACCAAAGCAUCACAGCACGCCUGUCACUGUAAAACCCACUUCUAGAGAGAAUGAGAUGGCUUUGCAUGGAAGCAGAAGCUCUGGUUUAGAGUCGCCCAUGCCUCCAGGAUACUCGCCAAGGGUUGUCCUUCAUCGAAUACCAUUAACUACUGAUGAGAACAUUUCUGUGCCCGUUUCUUCCCCAGCUAGAGUGUGCACCACACCAUCUCGAACACGGGCAGAUCAUCCGAACAAUCCUCCUGUCUCUAGUUUGAAAGCUGAAAAGAAUCCUGAACAAGUGUCCCACUUCUUACUGGAUGACAUCUUCACUGAAGUUGUGGAUGCCGAUUGAUUUUUAUUUUGAUUUGUUUUGGUUAAAUUUCAACGCUGCUAUUCCAGUUCAUUGCACUAAAGUGGAUGAUGUGAAACACUAUUACACUGCUCAUUAUAAACCUGUUAGAGAAUUGUUAGUAGUUGUGAUACAAUUUCUCUAAUUAAAUUUUGUUCAUGAAGGGAGGAAUUGUAUACAUUUCUGUUAUGGGGCCUUUUUUGGUGAUGAGACGUGCAAUGUUACAGGUUAAAAUCACAGCUGUUAUUUAUUUAUAUUUAUUUAAUGCUGAACAUCAUACCACUUUUAUCUGUUAGUUACUAACUCAUUUUGUGUUCAGUGCAAAUAUAUUUGUUUUUAUGGUUACUGUAACGUCCAUUUGUUUUUCUUUCUGAGAGCAAAGCCCUUUUUGUGGGUUAUAAUGCCUUUCUCCGGUGUUAUAAAGAAUGUUCAUCAAUAAUUCAAAUAUUGUCAGUUGUAUUUGUGGUAAGGUCUGGAUACAGCACUGAAGAAAUAAGUAAAUAAAUGAAUAUACACUU